CGGGGAGAGAAAGAGAGAGAGAACGAGUGCUCGAGUUCACGGAGAAUCAAAGCACAUGCACUGCUGGGCAGUCUCGGGCUAACAAGGAAACUUAUUUAGGCUAUAUCCACAGGCAACUCUAGCAUCUCUGAGAAGGCAGAUUCUGCAAAAGGAAUAGAAACCUCUCACCACAUCUCAGCCAUCAAUCAUGAAUGAAAACCGCUUGGCUAUUGACAUUCUGCUCUUGUGUAUAUCCUGUGGAGCAAGUGCACUGGCAGGCUUCAGUCCCACUGCCUCCUCAUCUCUGCCAGCAACCAAUUUGACUGAUAUUGGCUUUGCGCCCCCAAAAUAUCUCACAGAGGCCGCAAACAUUCCCAAAACCAGACGGAAACGUUAUAUUUCACAGAACGAUAUGCUUGCUAUCCUUGAUUACCAUAAUAAAGUUAGAGGGAAAGUUUUCCCCCCAGCCUCAAACAUGGAAUAUAUGGUCUGGGAUGAUACUCUUGCAAAGACGGCUGAGCAGUGGGCAUCCACUUGUAUUUGGGAACAUGGUCCUCGCAAUCUUCUUAGAUUUCUGGGUCAGAACCUUUCAGUCCGAACAGGAAGGUAUAGAUCCAUUUUGCAGCUUGUAAAGCCCUGGCAUGAUGAAGUGAAGGACUAUUCGUUUCCAUAUCCUCGAGACUGCAAUCCCAGAUGUCCCCUUAAGUGCUAUGGGCCAAUGUGCACUCAUUACACACAAAUGGUGUGGGCAACGUCAAAUAAAGUAGGAUGUGCGAUUAAUACUUGCCAUAAUAUGAAUGUUUGGGGCUCCGUAUGGAAGAGGGCAACAUACCUGGUGUGCAACUAUUCUCCAAAGGGGAACUGGAUUGGUGAAGCCCCAUAUAAAGUAGGUGUUCCUUGUUCCAUGUGUCCUCCAAGCUAUGGAGGAUCGUGCAGUAACAACAUGUGCUUUCCUGCUGUGAACUCAAAUUACCUGCACUGGUUCAAAUAAACACAGACAGAAUGCACAUGCCCCAUCACAGAGACACUGUCCCCAGUGGGAAUUUGCACAACAUUCCUGCAUCACCCUGUUUUUUAUGUAUAUGGGCCAUAUAGGGCCUAGGGUUUUGCAAGGCUGCUUUUUUUAAUGAUCUGUACAUAACUUAUUUUUUUAUUGUUUAUACCAUGUAUUAUUGAUAAAUAUAUUGUUUUGUGUAUGGACCC